AUGGGCUCGAACCAAAAGGAGACCACCUCCACCACUGAUGCUGGCCCGCGUACUGGCUUCCUCGACCUUCCGCCUGAGAUCCGCAAUGCGAUCUACCACCUGGCACUUAACAGCCACUCCGCGUUGAAAAUCCACUAUUUCAGCAGAGAGAAGAUUUUCCGAGUCACUCUUGUGUGGAAUCCCCAACACUCAUUGCCUUGGGCCGUUACACUAUCAACAAACCUUCUCAGAAUAUGUCGCCAAGUUCACAACGAAGCCACGCCUAUCCUUUACGGUAGCAACUGCUUCGAGAUCCACGGUCAGGAUGCGCAGGUCUUCCUGAGAGCUAUCGGAUCAUCGAAACAAUUCCUCCGGCACAUUCACUACUCAUGGCCUUACAACAAGCUGCACUACAAGCAGGCAGUCUCGCUGCUGAAGUACGCGACGAGGCUGCAACGACUCGACCUGCAACGUUACGGCCGAACGGCCCAAGAGCAUGUCGGUGCUCUCCGUGUUCUUAUGCAAGCACUUCACAAGAGCAGCGGGGCAGCAGGCCGUUCGGAGUCGGUGGUGAACAUCUUGCACUUCGUUCCUUCGCUCUCAACGGUGGAUGCAGAAGAACUCGCUAUCGAAGCUCGAAUGACAAAAGAGGUCAGAAGCGAGCUGCAGAAACUCCUGAAGUAG